ACGUGAACAUGGCCGUGGCUGGUAAGUGGUACCCUCCAGCCUAAAAACCCGACCGACUUCGCCGAUCCGUGAUUGUUCUGUACUUCUCCAACCGCCACCCAUUAUCAGCAUCUGCCUCAAACUCCCUCCCCUACUGCUAUUUGAUUAGUUUCUUUUGGCGAUUUAGGGGUAGGGGUUUUCUUCUUUUCUUCGUCGUUUGCUGUGUUUUUUUAGUUGCAAAUCCCGUGAUAUCCUUGAUUGCUUUAAUUAUUAUCUAGACAUUUUUUAAUUGUAAGAAGUAGGGUUUUACUUUUGGGAUGAUAUCCUUCAUCAAUUUUCCAUCCACUGCGAACCUUAUUUUGUUUUUGGGUUUUAAUAAUUAAGCAGCUCCAUUAUCUUAAUAUGGGCGUAAGAAUGGCGGGAAAUGACGGCCAUUAAAUUUAUCACCAACAUCAUCAAUAAUUCUCUCUCUCUCUCUCUCUCUCUCUCUCUCUCUCUCUCUCUCUCUCCAUUAUAUUUAGAUCGGUACUGGCAUUUUUGUUUGCAUCAAGCUGGUUGAUCUGAAGCGGCUGAAUAAGCUAUUUCCAUGGAUACUGUGGAUGAAACAACCUCCUUCUUUGACACAGCACCCCUUCUGAAAGAUGGUGAUAUCAUAACCAGAAAAUUAACCAAAUUUAUUGAUCAGAAAUCCUCAUUAUCAGGCAUUGGAGGUGGGCCUAGAAGGGUUGUAUGUGUGACAUCUGGUGGUACCACUGUUCCUUUAGAGCAACGAUGUGUCCGUUACAUCGAUAACUUCAGCUCUGGGCAUAGAGGAGCAACGUCUACCGAGUACUUUCUGAAAUCUGGAUAUUCAGUCAUCUUUCUGUAUAGGAGGGGAACCUGCCAGCCAUAUUGUAGAUCACUUCCGGAAGAUCCGCUACUCGAAUGUUUCCGGGUUACCGAUGAUGAUUCAUGCAUACAAGUACAAGUGCACGAGUCGCACUCCGAAGCAGUUAAGACGGCAAUUAGCAAACAUCAUGCAGCUGUUUCAGGAGGUUUCUUGCUGAAACUUCCCUUCACAACCAUCUUUGAGUAUCUUCAGAUUUUACGGUUGAUUGCAACAUCAAUGAAGAUGCUUGGACCAAGUGGUAUGUUUUAUCUUGCAGCUGCGGUAUCUGACUUUUAUGUUCCAUGGGAGAGCAUGGCAGUACAUAAAAUUCAGUCUGCAUCUGGUCCUUUGGAUAUGCGGCUUGCCCAAGUCCCGAAGAUGCUUUCGGUUUUGCGGAAAGUGUGGGCCCCCACAGCAUUCUGCGUAUCAUUCAAGUUGGAGACAGACAAAGAGAUUCUUUUAGAGAAGGCAGAUGCAGCUCUAAAAAGGUACAAAAUGAAUGCGGUUGUAGCAAAUGAGCUGUCAAGUCGUAAAGAGGUAGUAAUACUUGUCACCAACUCUGGAAAAGUCUCCGUGUAUCGGGACAACAAAGACUCAGAUGUUGAAUCUCCCUUGAUCAAAUUACUCGUAGACAAACAUUCGGCUCACAUGAAUACUACUAAACUUCCUUUCUCAUAAAAAUUUCAACAUAAAAACUUUAUUUAACUGUAUAAUGAGGAAAGUGAUGGCGUUAUUUAUGUUUGGGAUGUUUUUUCUAACUUUAUUGUUACUUAACAUUUGAAGCAACAUGUAAAGUUACUCUUUCUUUUAUAACUUAAUAAUCGUGAAAACAAUCUAAUCUUUAUGAAAA